AUGGCGUGGCGCUGUAGCGCUCUAUCUAACGACGGACUGGUGGACAACCUAGCGCGCGCUGGGAUCGUACAGUCGCAGAGUGUGAUCCGCGCAAUGAAGGCCACAGACCGUGCACAGUACAGACUCGGCUACGAACAGACAAUAUCAGCGCCACAUAUGCACGCGUAUGCCCUGGAGUUGGCGGAUGUAGCCUUGCACAACAUCGAAUACCCUCGAGUCCUGGAUGUUGGCGCAGGAUCGGGAUAUCUGACAGCAUGUCUAGGCCACCUCGUGGAUGAAGGAGGGAAGAUCUUUGGUAUUGAACGCAUCCCUCAAUUAGCGCAAUUGGCGCAACAGAAUAUUGAACGAGCCGACGGAGACCUGGUGCACCGACGCAUCGUCUCGGUGCAGAUGGAUGGACGGGACUGCUUUAUUCAUGUUGGGGCGGCUGCGGUUGAGCCACCACAAGCACUGAUGGAGCAGUUGGCGGUGGGAGGGAGGCUAGUGGUGCCUGUGGGCGAACAGGGGGCGAGUCAAGUGCUGAUGGAGAUCCAACGCACAGAUAAAGAAACUUUCACCAGGCGUGAGCUCAUGGGUGUGUCGUAUGUUCCACUAGUGCGACAGCGCACGGAACUGUAG